UCAAUAUCCGAUAUCGCUCCACGAAAGAUGCCAGCACUGUGGAAGUGAGUAUUGGUUCAGAUUAGCGUGGAGCUGGGCUGAGUCUCUCUAACAAGUGCCGCUCGAACCAAGUGUCAGACAGCCUUUUGUGCAGUGCAUUACGAUUCCGAAAACAAACACAAAAUUAAUAAUAAAAAAGUUUUGUGCAUAAAGCCAUACUCUUUGAAAAUGUUCGUCUUUUAUAAAAAAAAUUAUAUCUUUAUUUAAGACUCUUUGGGGUUUUUUUGCAUUACGAUUCUAUAUUGGAUGAUUAAUUUUGUGAAAAAUGUAGCUAAAGAAGACUGUGUAUCGAAUAGAGAAUCAUGUGGAUAAGGGGACGUCAUUCUUGGCUUAAGGAAACAGUUUUGAAAAAUGUUGAAUGGCGGCAAUGUUGAAUAUCUUCCAAUAUUUCACCACUGGAUAACUCUGUGUUGUACACGUGGAUGUUCUGUAACAUAGCAACAAAGCAGAUAAGCUGAAAUACAAACAAGAGAAUGAGACAAACAUGGUUACUGCCAAAAUCAGCAAUUUCAUCAUAGAACGUAUGAAUACAACAUGACCGCUGAGAUGUACGAUCUAGUAUCACCUUAAACUGCAAUCACAAAAACAAACAAAAACAACCUCCGGAUGCAACUUUACCGAAAUCUUUCAACUUAAACAAACACUACCCGACAAAAAGCGUCUUUCAUAACCAGUAUAUUUGUUCGUGUAUGUAUGUGUAUGAGUAUUUAGCAUCUACCUGUUCGUCUUGAAACCUUUUUCAAUGCCCACCAAGAAGACGGCCAUGGAAAACUUCACCAUCAGUACGAUAACCGUGGUGUCGUUGAAGACCCUCGACACUAAUUCGACGUCGCUGAUCAACGUUUCGACGUACGUGUUGGCCAACGAUUCGGCGGACGUGUUCGUGAAUGGCACACCCUACGACGACGUGGUGACCCGGUACAUGAUGCACGUUCCCCGCUACGACGUCGGCAUCAUGACCGUGAUCUGUGCCUUGCUGGGAGCGAUGAUCCUGGCGACGAUCUUGGGCAACGUGUUCGUCAUCACGGCAAUUGUCAUCGAGAAGAGCCUGCAGGGCGUGUCCAACUACCUGGUGUUAUCGCUCGCCGUCACCGACCUCCUCGUCGCCGUGCUUGUCAUGCCCAUCAGCCUCAUUAACGACGUCAGCGUCCAUUGGUAUCUCGGGCAGGAGGUGUGCGACUUUUGGGUGUCCAUGGACGUCCUGUGCUGCACGGCGUCCAUCCUGCACCUCGUCGCCAUAUCGCUGGAUCGGUUCUGGGCCGUGUCCAACAUAGACUACAUCCGUCGUCGCUGUGCCAAGCAGAUCAUCAUCAUGGUGGUGGUGGUGUGGUUCGUCGCCAUCAGUAUAUCCAUUCCACCGCUGUUUGGCUGGAAAGACGAGGGCAACCCGGACUACACUGGCAUGUGCUUGAUAAGCCAAGACCAAGGCUACACGAUAUUCUCCACAGUUGGAGCCUUCUAUUUCCCGCUAAUUUUCAUGCUUGUGCUUAACUAUAAAAUAUAUAUAGCCGCUAGAUCGCGUAUACGGAAAAAGAAUUUCGGCGGCAAACCACGCCCAGUGCCAGUUCCCAUGGUGACGGUCGAAAACGGAACUGCUGGACACGCGUCGAGGAACUCUUCUGGAAGUGACGUCAGUCAAGACGGUUUUUCUAUGUACAAUGGAUCGUGUGUUAAUAUGAACGAGUGUUCUAAGUUCGAAAGCACGUACGAACCUUCGCAAAUGGACGAUGGACCGAACGACGGUGCAGCCACCACGACCACCACGACGUCAUUCAACGGCAUGAUGCACGUGACAUCGUGCGGGUCAAACCUUGGGUCAACCUUGAGCCCAAAUUUCAGACCCUCAUUGACUGUUCCCAAUAACGGAAACGUGUACGUGGUCUCCAAAAACAGAUCUAACAAUAACAGCAAGGGGGCUAGGAAUAGGGAGAAAGACAAAUUGAGGAAAGAAAAAAUAGAAAUGAGAAGGGAACGCAAAGCGGCCCGUGUUCUGGGCAUCAUUACGGGAGCAUUUCUUGUUUGCUGGUUGCCCUUCUUUCUGAAUGCUCUCAUCCUUCCAUUCUGUAGCGUGUCGUGUACUUCACACAGGGAAGUUGUCAGCUUCUUUUUGUGGCUGGGAUAUUUCAACAGUUUGUUGAAUCCAAUCAUAUAUACCAUUUUCAAUCCAAGUUUCCGCAUAGCCUUCAGAAAACUUUUCUUCCGCAGAUUACGUCAUUUAAAGAGAUAAAACUUUGUGAAAAGGUGUAUAAGAUUGCACGCUGACAUAUUGGCAUACCAAACCAUAAUCAAUAAAUAAAAUCCAUUAUGUUAAUCAUUGCUGGGAAUUAAUUUAUUUUUGUACACGACAGUGUGUUUUAUUUUACAGACAUUUUAAGAUUCCUUGGUGUUCAGAGUUAAUAUUUCGAUUUAUGUUAUUUUAUUUAACCAUUUGUGUACAUACCCAUGCAGGAUAAUAUACACGUAUUAAACAGAACUAUAUGUAACACAUGCAUACUAUUAUAUCACGUAGAAAGAUCCCACUUCUGUUAUAAAUAUAUUGAUACUUAAACAUGACUAUAUGUAAUCACGAUAUGCUUUGGAAACGUAUGAUGACUACAAGUAACAAGAUAAAAAAAAAAAAAUUCGGCCACCGACGAGAAAUAUAGGUAACGCUAUAUAAGCUCGACUCGAAUAUUUCAGACUAUAUUUUCAAUUACACACUUUUUAAAGCAUUCAUCUCAGUACAGUACAGUACAGUACAGUACAGUACAGUACAGUACAGUACAGUACAGUACAGUACAGUACAGUACGUUACAUGUCACAUAAAAAUACAUAACUUAUUUACUUAUUUAUUUAUUUAUUGUAGUUUAGAAUCGCUUUUUGAAUAUGAGAAAAUGUAUCUUGAAUUACGCCUAACUGCAUAAGCUUUGCUAGUUUGAUGGCACUCAUUUUGCGUACAAAAACUGGAUUAAUACGAUUAGUCGAUUAUUCUUGUUGGGAUGCAGGAUAAAUAAAAUAACUUGUUACAAUUUUAAAGGCGCAGACCCAAGUUUGAGUCUGUGAAAAUGGACACUAAGUUUAGUUGAUUACAAACUUGCAACACAUAUUUGGAUAAGGUUAUAACAGAGAGAAGCUAAAGUCAGCGAUGUUUAAACAGGGAAACAAACAUGUAAAUAUAUACUUGUCUCUUCAGUUUGAACAUUUUGCGUUGCAGAGCAAAUUUGUAGUUAAUUAUACACUUGGAAAUACAUUUCACAUGACUAGAUGUGACAAAUAAGUUAAUACUUCGAGUAAGACUUGUACUAUAAACGCAUGCACCAGUUUACUCACAUAGAUAAAUAUAUACUAAUGUGAAUAUAUAGAAACAAAAAUUGUUAAAGGAAUAAAAUGAAACUCGUGUCUUUUACAGUGAAAUCAGACUCUAGAUUUAAUUGGUGCACCAUUUGUCAAUAUCAGUAACAAGAAAUGUUCAAUACAAAAUGAAAUAAGUAAAAUUUGUCACAUCACUGAAUGUAGCCUACUUUUAAUAUACAAUACAGUAUUGUAUACAGAUUUGUCCACAUGAGUAAAGUUAUUCCAGGAGUACAUUUGUACCUAGUCAUGAGGUCGUGCAGAAGUAUAAUUACUCGUAUGCAAAUGUUCUCCAUAUGCAAAUUCGUCGUGUAACUCAUAUUAUAAAUAUACGUCUGAUAUUUGGAAGAUAUAUAUGUUGCAUUUGUUAUCUAAUAAUGGAAAAACAGAAGAUCAACGCUGAAAUAGAACUACAGAGAUACAACAAAUACUACAUGGAAACAAAACAGCGAGUUGGGAUGGAUGGACGCACAGAUCUUUGGAUAUGUUAAUCGGAGAACAGGUUUAGGUCACAACAGAAACUCACAGGAUGUUGGACUGAGUGUGGGAAAAGGUAUCUCCAGUUUACAAACAUCUAAUGCAAUGUACUUGUCAAAUGUUAUUGGCUUUGGUUAUUUCAGUUCUUCAUUAUGACGUAAAUAUUGUCAAUAUAGAUUGCAAAUAAAGCGUUUUAAUUUUCAA